UGUUGGCCCACGUCCUCUAGAGAAGAGGAUAUAUUAGUGUGAUCAUACGCGCACUAUCGAUAACUGACCCGCGAAAAAAGCGCGCAACUUGAAGCUCCCAUCAGAGUUAUUCUUUCGAAAGAAAUUUCCUUCUUUGCCCACUUGGAAAUUUUGGAAAUCUCAGCGGAAUGUCAAGUCAUUGGGGAUAUUGCCAAGAAAAUGGACCACAAACUUGGCCAGAACAUUAUCCUGCAGCUAAGGGUGAACACCAGAGUCCUGUCGAUAUAAAACCUGUGGACCUGAAAACCUUGAACUGCAAUAAAAAUUUGGAAUGGCGUUACACUCCUGAAAAAGUGAAGGAUAUCCGAAACACAGGCCACGCUUGGCAAGUGGACAUGAUACAAGGAGGAUCGUCACUCUCCGGAGGACCAAUCGAAGGAACAUACGAACUACUUCAAAUACAUUGUCACUGGGGUGAAAAAGACGAUGAGGGAUCGGAGCACACAAUCGAUGGAAAAAAAUUCGCAGGAGAGUUGCACAUGGUCCAUUGGAACUCCUCGAAGUACCCAUCAUUGCAAGAAGCUGCAAAACAUCCGGACGGAUUUUGUGUUCUUGGGGUAUUUUUGAAGCCAGGAGCCAAAAACGAGGAGAUGGAAAAAGUUGUAGCUCAACUUCCCAAGAUCCCAUUCAAAGGUCAAAAGACCGAAUGCCCACCCCUCAACCCUGUUAACAUGCUACCUAAAGACAUCAGCUGUGGUUACUACACAUAUUGUGGAUCCUUAACAACACCACCCUGUUCGGAGUGUGUAAUUUGGAUCGUUUUCAAGGAACCAAUCGAAGUCUCGCAAGAACAGCUAAGAGCUUUCAGAAGUCUCAAAUUUUACCCACAGGAGGAAAACUGCCCCUGUAAAGAUUGUGAUGGCUCUAUUAAAACUAACUUCAGGCCAACCCUUCCUUUGGGUCCAAGAGAAGUUCUUGAGGGACGAUGAAAUUCACCGAAAUGUACAAGAAAGCCACAUGAAACAGCACACGGUGUUCAGCAUAGUAGGGAUUAAAAUUGCACAGUUUUUACAGUUUUGUGAUAAAGCAGCCAUGACAAUUCAGUGUACAAAAUAGGAAUUAGAUGAAAUAAAAACAAAGUCCCAAAAGAGUUAAUAUUGAAUGUUA